UAACUCCUUAUUUCCAUACCUGUGCCCAAAUAACAAUGUGGCGACUGUGAUUUUCUUCAAGUUUCUGCACGUAGUUUUCGAGUCGCUUCUCAAAAUCUGCGAGGCGAGGAGAUUUCGAAGUUCAUGAAUCUGAGCGUAAGUGUUGUAUCGCCUGACUUUGAUCUGAAAGUAGUCUUGUUGAUCCAAUAAGGGUGACCAGCUCUUUGCAGGAGGGACAUAACAUUUCUGAUCUGCUACCAAGCACUCUUCUGUAUAUCUGACUAACUCGUUUCGGAGAUAAAGUGUGCGAUAAGAUGUGGUUCUUUCCGAAUUGUUGUCUGCCCGAUAUCCUGCAGUGGGGGGACUUGCUGACAAAUCAGCCUGACAAUGAGAUGCUCAGCAGCAUAUCGUAGGAGAGCGAAUAGAAAUGUACUAUAAACAAGUCUUGUUAUCACAUAGCCCAUUGCUCACCAUGGGCACAGCUCUGUCGAGAGAUAGUUGGAUAGUUGGAUGAGCUGGGAGUUACUGUUUUCUCGGUUCUAAUAGCAAUAUUCUGACUAUAGUGGAACCUUACACACAUAAUGUCUUUUUCAAGAAUCAGGUUACAUUGUUUUAUGGCUGUUCAGUCUCUUUGCACAUGCUGAGCAUCAGUGGACCUGUCGCAGCACGGUAUCGGAAGCAUUCAUCCGAAACACUGCAAAUAGUGUGUAAAAUGUCAGUCUGUAUGCCAUGUCGCCGCGAGUGUAAGGCGUGGGCAACCACACACGAACUGAAAUAAGCAGUGAACUGUAUCUUCUUUGCUCUGACGUCGCAGUCCAUAAGCCCCCCGACAACAUUUUUCUCGGGUCUGGUGAGAUGAUUUUGUCGAACACAGCGAGUCAUACCUCGGUCCAUAUCCGGCUCAAAGUCGAUAUGGAUAUUGAUCUGACCAUGUUGAAUAUAUUGCUUAUCUUGAUAUCUCCAGAAAUGAGGCUGUGUUGCUUUGAAAUACAAUUGGAACUAGGAAGGGAAAAUUGUGCGAUUGUGCCUGGUGAUGUCUACUUAGCUUAAUUUUGUCAUCGUCCU